AUGGCAAUGGAAAAGGAACAGUUAACAACUAAAAACAUAGAACUUUUCAACGUACAGGACAUAGAUAAUUACGUUAAGGACAUAACAAAAGUAUUUAAACAUAAAGGAAUACCUAAAACAUAUAUUCCAUGGUGGAAUUCUGAACUAGAAACACUUAACCUUGGCGUAAUUAAACUGCAUCACAUAAUCCAAGCAAUGAAGCGUAGCCGGAAACCACUAUACCGUGUAUUACUGGAAAGAAAACAAUUAAAACAAGAAUAUUUGGACGAUAUUAGGAAAGCAUCCACAGAGCAUUUUAAGGAAUUUCGUAACAAACAAGGCAAAGAAGAUGUCUGGUCGUUAACAAAUAGGCUUUUAAAGAAUUCUCCACAACCUGUGCUUCCAUCUACAAUCCGAGUAACUCCAGCAAACUUCACCACAACAUCUAAAGAAACGGCUUAUGUUCUCCUAAAUAAGUUUUAUCCUAAUGACACAGAAGAUGACACGGAAAAACAAAAGCUACUUAGACAAAGUGUGUAUUAUGAACAAAAUACCUCAGAUGAUCGUUUCUUUACAGAAGAAGAAGUAAUCGACUGUCUCAAAACAAUCAGUCCGAAUAAAGCUCCAGGAUCCAACCAUCUAACCGCGGAUAUUUGCUUCGCAUUCACAACAAUAUAUAAAAACCGCCACAGAUAA